CACCUGGCUGUCAGGCUCUGAGCUCCUACCUGUCACUUCCUGCUGUCUCCUUUUAUUCAUUUUCACUUCUUUAUUCGACACGGGCUCGUUUUCACGUCACGGCCGUGUGUGUAUGACUCCGGCUCAUGAAGCCCGCACGGUUCGCGGACCCUGCGGCACACACGUUACGACCUUGGCUUCAUGUUCGUCUCAAAGGAGGAGUAACCCCCCCCCUCUCUCAGGAGCUGCUGGAGAUCACCGCUUGGGUUUAAUUAGCCUCCGUGCGGGACUGUAAUGUGAGCUCUUCAUCAUCAUCGUCUUCAUCAAAACACCGAGCCGAGGGCGGCGCAGAGAGGGACACUGCCCGGGAAAAGGCAUGGACGAGAGGUUAUGUGUGCCUCCCCCCUGAAGGCCUCUGUCGCCCCCCACCCUCCGGUCCCUCUGUGACCAUGUAUCGCAGGAACGGCCUCUCAGAUGGCACCAGCAUCAACUCCAUGACGUCAGAGGCGAGCAGCAGCUCUGACUCUCUGGAUGGACCGUGUGUCGACUACGCCAAGAGCUACGAUGCCGUCAUCUUCGAUGUUUUGAAGGUGACGCCCGAGGAGUUCGCUAGUCAGAUCACGCUGAUGGAUGCUCCCGUGUUUAAAGCCAUUCAGCCUGAGGAGCUCGCCAGCUGUGGAUGGAACGGGAAGGAGAAACACAGUUUGGCUCCAAACGUGGUCGCCUUCACUCGCAGGUUCAACCAGGUCAGCUUCUGGCUGGUGAGAGAAAUCUUGACGGCACAGACGCUGAAAAUCCGAGCGGAGAUCCUGGGUCACUUUGUCAAGAUAGCAAAGAAACUGUUGGAGCUGAACAACCUCCACUCUCUGGUGUCGGUGGUGUCCGCUCUGCAGAGCGCUCCCAUCUUCAGACUCAGCAAAACCUGGGCGCUGAUCAGCCGCAAAGAUAAAGCCACGUUUGAGAAGUUAAACUAUCUGACGUCCAAAGAAGAAAACUACACCCGCAUGAGAGAGUACAUCCGCUCCCUGAAGAUGGUGCCCUGCAUCCCCUACCUCGGGAUCUACUUGCUGGACAUGAUCUACAUCGACUCGGCCUAUCCGGCGUCAGACAGCAUCAUAGAGACGGAGCAGCGGACCAAUCAGAUGAACAACCUGCUGAGAGUCAUCUCUGACCUGCAGGUGUCCUGCAAAUAUGAUUACCUGGUGACCCUCCCUCAUGUUCAGAAGUAUCUGCUGUCAGUCCGGUACAUUGAGGAGCUGCAGAAGUUUGUAGAAGACGACAACUUCAAGAUUUCUCUGAAGAUUGAACCUGGAAACAGCUCCCCUCGCAUCGCUUCCUCCAAAGAAGACCUGGCAGGUAACGCACGCCUUAAGUAUAUAUAUAAAUACGUGUUUGGCCCGUCUCCACUCAUUUAGGGGAGUGGAGCUGAUAGAUUUCUACUUUGGUCAAUGUGUUCUUCUACUGUCUCCUCUGGGCUCCAUCAGUCCAUGUGGUUCUGUGGUUCUGUGAUUACCGUGGGAACCUCUUUGACUCGGGACUCCAGCAGUUGCUGCUCCAUUCUGCGCUCUGAAAACGCAGUUUGGGUGUUGAUGAAUGAGAGAGCUCGGAGCUGUAACAUACACAUAGCUGCUGGAAGUUUGGGGUUAAAAUCUUCUUUUCUGAUGAAGAAUUUGUAGUUUUGUUUUCAAUUCUUGAUCAUCUGUUGAAAGAAUGAAAUCCAGCCGGCCUUGUGGUUGAGUUAUUGAAACCAGAGAAGGUCUGUGAUGACUAGAAGCAUGUGUUUAGAAGGGACACAGAAUGAUGAACGCUCACUAACAGCUCUGUGCAGGUGCAGUUAGUCACAUCAGGUCGGUGUAGUGACAGCUGAUGGAUUCUUUGAUUAGCUUGGAAAACAAAGCAGCAGCAGAGAGCUAACAGGCCGUUCUGAAAGAACUACACUAACAACCAAACCCAAACAUCCACCUCCUGUUUCUCCUCCAUCCUCUUCACCUGUCUGUGAGCUGUGAUGUCCUCACCUGUCUGUGAGCUGUGAUGUCAUCGUGCAGGUGAGGAGGAAGAAUGAUGUUUAGACAGCUCAGAGUGGAUUGAAGAGGUUAACUAGGACAUGUUGGACUUCCUUUAUUGUUCUUCUUGUGUAGUGUUGAUACUCUGGAGGGCUUUAUUUGAGGAGGGGGGUGUGAUGAGGUGAUGUAAUGCAGCAGGGACAGGCUGAGAUCUGGAUGUGGGUCUGAGUGAUAAUGAGAGAAGCCCACCGAGCCAAAUUGGAGACGGGACGAAGCUCUGCAGCUGUGAGAGAGCGAGCUGAGAGGACGUGUGGUCACACUGAGAACACGACGACUUAAAGAUGAAG